AUGUUUUUAGUCUAAAUCUUCAGAUGCAUACGUCAAUUUUUUAAGUUUGAGAAAAUCGAAACCAGUAAAGCCGAAUUGAGACAUGAAUGUAGAACUCGGAAGUACUUAUCUAUUCUGUGACGUAGAUUAAAUAACCUAGCGAGUAGAGAGAAUGAAACCAAAAUACCAAAAAAAUACUUAAAAUUUUUGAAUUGGAGCGACUGACUGCAGAUAUGAAAUUAGCCAUCCCAGAAUUUUGCAAAUCUUCAUUUUUCAAAAGAGGAUUGCCUUUUUUCAUUAUAUGUAUAGGAGGCUCAUUUGGACUGAAAGGCUUCACUUCACUGAGAUAUGAAUAUUCUAACAAGAGUUCAAUUUCCCGUGAGGAUUUUGAAAAAGAAGGUAUUAAGAUGAAGCCACCCACAGAGGUGACAUUAGAAGCCGAAUAUGAAAAAUUGCAGACAAUGGAUAUUGAUAAUUGGGAAAACGUAAGGGGUCCAAGACCAUGGGAAGAAGGAAGUAUAGAGGAAAAUAGAACACGAUCUAAAAAGUGAUUUUAUGUAUUCAUAAAGAAUUUGACAUCUAGAUCAAAACAAUUAAAUUAAUUCCUUUUUAACAAUGUACAUUGAUAAUAGUUGGUUGUAUAAUAAAUAAUUGUUGAUUUGAACGAA